AUGAUGAAGAAGCUCGUGCUCCACUUUGACCUGAACCGGACCAUCGUCAUGUCGGACGUCGCGGGCGGCCGCUCCAUGGAGAACACGCUCAACUACCUCCUCUCCGAGUGUACCUACGGCCGCGUCGACGGCAACGAGUGGGUCUGCGUCUCCAAGGAGCCGUCGCUGGCCGCCCCGUCGCCGUCGCUCGUCACGUACAAGAAGUUUGUCGACCAGCUCUACCCGUACAACUCGAUGGCCUCGGGUGCCAUGGAAGACGUCAAGGCGUUCAACAAGAGCCAAAAGAAGCAGCGCACGGCGCUGCAGUCGGCCUUUACGAGCGGCCCCGGCCUCCCGAUCGCAUCGUCCUAUACCCAUGUGCUCGACUGCCUCCAUUUUCCGGAAGGCGCGCUCCGCGACGCGGCCAAGGAAGCGGCCAAGAGCUUGGACGAGUCGGGGCUCAAGGAAGCGUGGAGCGCUGGACGCUACUACUUGCUGCCGUCGUUCUUGCAUUUCCUGCACUACAUGGCCGAGACGACGAGCGACGCCGUCGAGCUCUCGGUGGUCUUUCGCACGUUUGGUGAAGACAUCACCGAGGUGGCCAAGGAGCUCGAGCUGCUCUGCAACGGCCAGCACCCGCUCUUCCUCGGCAAAACACUGCCCGACUCGAUGCGCCUGUUGCCGCCGUACGCGACCUUUUACCGCAGUGGUUUUGAGGCGGAGGGGACGACGCUCGCCGUCAACACGCUGACCAAGGUCCCCUUCAAGGCUGGCACGACGCCCGCUUCCUUUACGCCAGCGCUCGUCCAUGGCUUUCGCGACAUUCAAGCCACGCUCGAGGCGACCUUGGCCAAGGGCCGGCGCGUGACGGCCAUGCGCGACUACUGGGAGUGGUGGAGUGCCCAUGCCGAGCACGCCGAGUACGGCAAGCUCUUGCUUGUGACGCCAGGCGACGGGCCGGCCACGGUCUUCUUCGACGACCACAUUGAAGCCACCGAGGCGCACAUCGUGGACGUGCGUGACGCGGCCACGGGCCAGGUGGUGGAUUUCGAUGUCGCCAAAGACACGUACUUGAAGCGCGUUGAGCCCUACUAUGCGAUUACGGACCCGCAAUACUACAUCCGCCACGUCGUCCAGCUACUCGCCAAGCUGUAG